AUGUUUUUAAAAACAAUUUUAUUAUUUUUUUUUUUAAUUUUAAUUUUAAUUUCUGGAGAAGAACCAAAUGAACCCUUAAGCUAUUAUUUUUAUGAUUAUAUAGGUGAUCCAUUUUUUCAAACAUCAAAUAUUCAACCUUCAUCUUCAUUAUCAUCAUCAUCAGUAUCACCAUCAGUAUCACCAUCAGUAUCACCAUCAUCAUUAUCAUUAACAAAUGAUUUAAAUAGUAAUAAAUUAAUAAUUGAAAUGUAUAAUAAAUGUAUAUUUAAUGAUUCAAAUUAUUAUUAUGAUUUAUCUUCAUUAAAAGGUGUUUCUUUAAAUUAUACUGAAAAUAGAUCAUUUUUAUUUAAUUAUUAUUUUUCAAUUUGUUCAAAAAAUGAAAUUUGUAAUUCAAUAUUAAAUGAUAAUGAAACUCAAUCAUGUCAAACAAUUAGUACUGGUGAGAUAUUUAAAACUGGAUUAAUUAAUCAAUUAUUACCAUUUGAAUUAAAACAAAAUGAAAUUAUUUUAACUUUUUUAAGUCAAGAUAGAAAAUCAAAAAUUAUAAUUUCAUGUGAACAUGGUGUUGAACAUAGUUUAGAAAAAUAUGAAGAAUAUCCAAUGAGCACUUUUAAUUUUUAUUUAAAAUCAAAAUAUGCUUGUUUACCAAAUUUAAAAACUUAUUCAUCAUUUAUUUGUGAAUCAAUUAAAUUAAAUAAUAAUAAUUCAAAUCAAGAUAGUUAUUAUGAUGAAGGUAUUAAAAUUAAAUCAAGAGAUGAAGAUAUUAUUUGUAAAUCAAAUAAUUCAACAACAAUUAAAUGUUUAAAUGAUGAUAAUACAAAAUGUUUAAUUGAUUCAUUUGGUAAAGUUAAAUGUAAAAAUCAAACUGAAUAUGUUUCAUGUUUUGGUGAUCAAAUAACUUGUCAAUAUAAUAAUUUUUUAUGUUCAAUUAAUAAAAAAUCAUUAAAUUCAAAUUUUAAUAAUAAUAAUAAUAAUAAUAAUAAUAAUAAUUUAUUAAAUGAAAAUUUAAAUGAAAAUUUUAAUAAUUCAAAUAAUAAUUUUAAUUUAAUUUCAAAAAAUUUAAUAAUUUUAUUAUUAUUUUUAAUUUUUUUUAUAUUUUAUUAA